GGGGUCGUGGAGGACUGUGGGCGGGGCGGCGGCGGCGGCGCUGGUAGCCCAUCCCCUCCCCCAUCCUGGAGGCUGAGAGGAGGAAGAAGAAGGAAAGGAGGAGAAAAGAGGAUGCGCGUCCUGGAAAGGGCUUGACGGCGGCAGCUUACGCGGCGGGGUGGCGUGCUGAGGAGGGGGCGAAAGCAGGCGAGGAGCAGCAGGCCCUCUCUCGCCCCGACGGACGGACGGACGGACUGACUGACGGGCGGGCCUCCCUCCUCUCCCCCACCCACCGUGAGGCACCCCGCCUCCCCCCCCCGCAGGAUAUAGGACUCCCCACCCCCCACCAGGCGAAUUAUAGGCCAUAGUCUUCCCACCUCAUCCCCCCCUUGAAGGGAGUCUCCUCUCCCCCUCCCCCCACACUCCCUGCCCCCUCCCCUCCCAGUCCCCGCCCCCACAGUCCCUGGCCCCCUCCCUGCACUGGGGGUCUGCCCCCAGAUAAGACCACUAGGUCUCUCCCGUUUUAGAAUUCGUUUUAUAGCUGCCCCCCCUCCCACUUUGCUCUCCUACUUUCCCAAGCACUCCCCCCCCCGCAACACCACAUGGGGGUGGGCUGCUUUGUUUUGAGAAUUGAUCUGGAAGCUCCCCCUGCUGCUGUCUAGGGAGCUGAUGGGUUCCUGAAGCCAAAGGUUGGGAAGGUGUAUCCACCUCCGUUUUGGGGAGAGGGGCUUUUUUAAAUUUUUCUUUUCAAAACCAUUUACUCCAAGGGAGGGAGAAGGCCCUCCUAGGAAACUACCUCAACUAUGAGCUGAGCAAGGAAAAAAUAAUUUUUUAAAAGCCAAGCCCUAUCAGCCAAAACAACAACUCCAGACAUCCUAAGUCGCCAUGGCAUCAGAAGAGACCUCGUUGCGAGCUUUGGAGAACCUAAUGACAGAGUUUUUCCACAAUUGCACUACGAAUGAAAGGAAACGUGAGAUCGAGGAGCUCCUGAAUAACUUUGCCCAGCAGAUCGGCGCCUGGAGAUUCUGCCUCUAUUUCCUGUCGACCACAAGGAAUGACUAUGUAAUGAUGUACAGUUUGACAGUGUUUGAGAACAUGAUUAACAAGAUGUGGCUUGGGGUCCCAUCUCAAGAUAAAAUGGAGAUCCGCAGCUGCCUGCCCAAACUGCUUCUGGCUCACCAUAAAACACUGCCUUACUUCAUCAGGAACAAGCUUUGCAAAGUCAUUGUGGAUAUUGGCCGGCAAGACUGGCCGAUGUUCUACCAUGACUUCUUCACAAACAUCUUGCAGUUGAUCCAAUCCCCUGCGACCACACCACUUGGGCUGAUCAUGCUGAAGACGACAUCUGAAGAGCUGGCAUGCCCACGGGAGGAUCUCUGCAUAGCGCGGAAAGAAGAGUUGCGUAAACUGCUCCUGGAUCAGGUUCAGACUGUCCUUGGGCUUCUCGCAGGUAUCUUAGAGAGCAUCUGGGAUAAAUACAGUGUUACUGCUGCCACCCCACCACCAUCUCCAACGUCGGGAGAAAGUGGUGACCUCUUAAGUAGCCUGUUGCGGAGUCCCAGCGCAGCCAAACUGUUGAACCAGCCAAUCCCUGUCCUCGACACAGAGAGCGAGUAUAUCUGUUCCUUGGCGUUGGAGUGCCUAGCCCAUCUCUUCAGCUGGAUCCCUCUGUCCACAAGCAUCACCCCUUCCCUCCUCACCACCAUCUUCCAUUUCGCCCGCUUUGGCUGCGACACCCGGUCCCGAAAGAUGUCCUCCAUUAACGGUGGCAGCCAGAACUCGGCAUUGAGUCACGAGCGUGGCCGGCUUGGGGUGCUGGCCAUGUCUUGCAUCAACGAACUGAUGUCCAAGAACUGUGUGCCUGUGGAGUUUGAGGAAUACCUGCUGCGGAUGUUCCAGCAGACAUUCUACCUCCUGCAGAAGAUCACCAAGGAGAACAACGCCCACACGGUGAAGAGUCGGCUGGAGGAACUGGACGAGAGUUACAUAGAAAAGUUUACCGACUUUCUGCGCCUCUUUGUGAGCAUCCAUUUGAGGAGGAUUGAGUCUUACUCCCAUUUUCCAGUGGUUGAAUUCCUGGCACUCUUGUUCAAGUACACUUUCCAUCAGCCUACCCACGAAGGCUACUUCUCCUGCCUAGACAUCUGGACUCUCUUCUUGGACUACCUGACCAGUAAAAUAAAGAGUCGCUUGGCAGACAAAGAAGCAGUACUCAACAGGUACGAAGAUGCCCUAGUCCUGCUGCUGACGGAGGUGCUGAACCGAAUACAGUUCAGGUACAACCAGGCCCAGCUGGAGGAGCUGGAUGACGAGACCCUGGACGACGACCAGCAGACCGAAUGGCAGCGAUACUUGCGGCAGAGCUUGGAGGUCGUGGCCAAAGUUAUGGAGCUUUUGCCAUCCCACGCCUUCUCUACCCUGUUUCCAGUUCUCCAGGAAAAUCUGGAUGUAUAUCUGGGACUACAGCAGUUCAUAGUCACUUCGGGGACAGGUCACAGGCUGAACAUCGCUGCCGAGAAUGACUGCCGGCGCCUGCACUGCUCCUUGCGAGACCUCAGCUCCCUGCUCCAGGCAGUGGGCCGGCUGGCUGAGUACUUCACGGGGGAUAUGUUUGCCGCCAGGUUCAGGGACGCCCUGACUGUCGUGGAGAGGUUGGUCAAGGUAACCCUCUACGGGUCCCAGAUUAAACUCUACAACCUUGAAACGGCGGUGCCAUCUGUGCUGAAACCAGACCUUAUUGAUGUGCACGCACAAUCCCUGGCAGCCCUGCAGGCAUACUGUCACUGGCUAGCUCAGUUCUACAGUGAAGUUCACCGGCAAGAUCCAGCCCAGUUUAUCUCCCUCGUCUCCACCGCCCUAGAAGCGAUUGCGCCGCUCAUCAGUUCAAAGGUACAAGAGAAGCUGCUGCUGUCCGCUUGCCACCUGCUGGUCUCCUUAGCCACUACCGUGCGGCCCGUGUUCCUGAUCAGGAUGCAAACCGUGCAGAAAGUGUUCAAUCGGAUCACAGACCCCUCUGCCCAGUGCCUUCCAGAUAAGGCUCAGAUACUGGUGUGCCGAGCACUCUCCAAUAUCCUGCUGCUGCCGUGGCCAAACCUCCCCGAGUGUGAGCAGCAGUGGGCAAUCCGCUCGACGAACCACUCCAGCCUCAUCUCGGCCCUCACCAGGGAUUACCGCAGCCUGAAAUCCAGUGCCAUCCUGCCCCAGAGGAAAGCGCAGCAAGACGGCACUAAGGUCACCAUCCAUCAGACGCUUAGUGUCUUGGAAGAUAUUGUGGAGAGCAUCUCUGGAGAAGCCACCAAGUCCCGCCAGAUCUGUUACCAGUCGCUGCAGGAGUCGGUGCAGGUCUCACUAGCCCUCUUCCCAGCUUUCAUUCAUCAGUCAGAUGUGACGGACGAGAUGCUGAGCUUCUUCCUCACCCUCUUCCAAGGACUGAGGGUGCAGAUGGGUGUGCCCUUCACUGAGCAGGUCAUCCAGACGUUCCUCAACAUGUUCACCAGAGAGCAGCUGGUGGAGAGCAUCCUCCAUGACGGCAGCACCGGCUGCAGAGUGGUGGAGAAGUUCCUGAAGAUCCUCCAGGUGGUGGUGCAAGAGCCCGGCCAGGUCUUCAAGCCUUUCUUACCCAGCAUCAUCUCGCUCUGCAUGGAGCAGGUCUACCCCAUCGUUGCCGAGCGAUCCUCUCCUGAUGUGAAGGCAGAACUCUUUGAGCUGCUCUUCCGGAUCCUCCACCACAGCUGGCGGUACUUCUUCAAGUCCAACGUCCUGGCCAGUGUCCAGCGAGGGGUCGCCGACGAACAGAUGGAGAACCAAGGCCAGUUCAGUGCCAUCAUGCAGGCUUUCGGCCAGUCCUUCCUGCAGCCUGACAUACACCUGUUUAAGCAGAACUUGUUCUACUUGGAGACGCUGAACACAAAGCAGAAGCUGUAUCACAAGAAGAUCUUCCGGACCGGCAUGCUCUUUCAGUUUGUGAACGUGCUGCUUCAGGUAUUGGUCCACAAGUCACACGACCUCUUGCAGGAGGAGAUCGGCAUUGCCGUCUACAACAUGGCCUCUGUGGACUUCGACAGCUUCUACUCGGCCUUCCUGCCCGAGUUCUUGGCCAGCUGUGACGGCAUCGACGCCAACCAGAAAAGCGUCCUUGGCAGGAACUUCAAAAUGGACAGGGAUCUGCCGUCGUUUACCCAGAACGUGCACAGGCUGGUGAACGACCUCCGCUACUACAGACUCUGCAACGACAGCCUGCCCCCCGGGACUGUGAAGCUAUAGUUCUCGGCGCCAGACUCGGGUUCGAAACGCCGUGAACGAGCCGACCUGUCCUCCUCGCGUUGCCACUGCCUCCGCCCCCUGCUCCCGCCAGCCCUGCAGGACGCGGCGCGCGGAGGCUCCUUCUUCCUCCGUUCUCACCCCAAGCCCAGCCCGUCCGCCGCGGCUGGGCCGGCAGCUCGGUUCCCUGCAGGCCCUCUUAAGGCCAACCACGGGCCGUUCCUCCCGCUGGGUGUCUCUUGUCUUAACGCCGUGGCAUUCAGUCUGCAUCUGCGGGUUUCCGUGACCGGUCCUGUGCACCAAUCAUGAGGCAGCCAUGCCAAAGACUACUCCCCAUGUCUCCCACCUUCGCAUCAUUCCACCCCUGCUGUCGGGGGAGGCGGGGGGCACCCCCCCCCAUCACCCCUCCUUGGUUUUUAAAUUGCCUUGAAACCUCCCUGCUGUCUGUGGGGAUUUGGAGAGAGAGAGAGACUCCUGGGUUUUUGUUUUUUUUAAACCAUUUUUCUCAUCAUUCCAUUGUGAUACUAAAACCUGCUUAAUGGAAAUAAUAAAAAAGUGCUUACUUGGUUGUUUUAA